AUGGAUGAGUUGAGCGCCGAUGAGCUGAUCCGCGAGACACAGCGGAUGAAGGAGUUGACAGAGGGUUACGAGCGACGGGUGGGCGCUCUCGAGCGCAUCAAAGACCAGAUGCUGUCCGUAUUGGCCGACUGCCGAUGUCAACAGUUGGCCACCGCGAGGGACCUGUUGUGGCAGUCCAUCGAUGAGUACAAUCGCGGCGUUGGAACCGCUGAUGACGAAGAAGACAAGAUCACUAUCAUUACAGUGGCCGCCGUUAACGACGACGACAACGAUAAUCAAUUGGCGGACAAAUCGCCGACCGAUACGCCCGCCGAAGACACUCACCUCAGGCCGCAAGCGAUCUCUUCGACGACCGGUCGGCGCCCGAAACGCACGGUGAGACUGAAGGCCGUGACUACUGAACGCUCGCCGCCUAUUGAGACCUCAAUGUGUUUGCCGUGCGAUUGGACUGACUGUCACUAUAAGACAGACUCGCGGCAAAAGUUGGCGCUUCACCGCCGAAGACAUAAAACAAGAGCCGAUGAUAAUGGGCUCGUCGUUGUCGACGGUGUUGUGCCCGUCGACGGCCAGCAGCCCCUGACCGCAGCCUCAUCGGCGGUCAAGCGAGUCCGUAAGAAUCGGCGCGUUUGGGAUCAGUUGAAGUGUCGCUGCAAUUGGCCCGGAUGUGAGCGCACGUUUCCCACCAAUAAUAAACUGUUGACACAUCUUAGGGUACACACCGGCGAGAAGCCCUAUGUCUGCGAUUGGCCCGAUUGUCACAAGAGUUUUCACAUCAAGGUAUGCCAUUAAGUUA